UUCAUGUUCUUUUUCAUGGUGACGUUCCAGGUGUAUCUCUCUGUUUCGCGCUGUUGUGAAAAAUUGCCAUGCGCUAUGCUUCUGAGGGUCUCAUUGAAACGAAUAGAUCUUGGGAUACCGCAGAAAGAGCGUAGAGCGAAUCCGUCUUUUUUGAUUGGUUGACCCACUCUUUUUUCUAUUUUUUGGAGGAUGCCACACCUUUCUCUGUUCCUUCUUUCCCUUUCCAAACACAUAGUUGACCACACAACCCCCUCUUUCAACGAUGGAUCUCGAUUCUUCACUUGACGAUAUUAUAAAAAAGAAAAAACAAGGACAGAAAAAGCCUACAAACAAUAAACUGAAAAAGUCGUCAUCACCUGGUCAUGUUGCAAAACUGCGUGCUCAGAGCCAUCAUCGACCUGCUGCUAUUCAAGUGUCGAAAGCAAAGGUGACAAAGCCUUUACCACGAAAAAAUAUCAAUGCACGAUUGUCUACUGGCUCUGGCCCCCUUUUUACCGCGCAUAUCAAACAACAACAACAACAACAACAACCAUCGGUAAGAGUCGAUCCUUCUCAGAUUAUCAUUACAAAAGCCAUUUCCAAAACCGAGACUCCAGCGAGGACGAGAAACGAGAGUACACUUGAGCUCGCAAGACCUGCGCUUAGUAGUGGAUUAGCCGGUCGCUUAGGUCUGCAGCAAAACAGAACGCGGGGGCAAGCUCAGCGAGGAGCCACCACGACCACAGCUCCCAUCUCCUUUCUCCAUCACCGCCCAACACCACCACAACGACCGCAAAUACAAUCCAUGAUCAGUCGACCUACGAUUUCAUCUUCUUCUUCUUCCUCCUAUAGACGCUCCUCAUCAGACAUGUCCUCUGCACCGCCCGCCUUCACAGGAUCGAUCGUAGGAAGAGCAGCAAGGAGAGAAUACAACACCCGUGGUCCUAUAGAGGAGGAUCGUCGUCAUGCUCCUUCUACUCGAGCAGUGUCUAGUAGCGUAGGGACAGGGAGUGGAUUGUCUAUUCGUGGAAGAUCCAGCGCAAAUCAGUCCAGAGAGAGAGCAGAUAUCUCCAUCAAGGGAGAAUCAGGACCCACCACCGUUUUAGUCACUGGUUUAGACCCGGAAGCCAAUUCAGAGGAUGUUUAUAUCACCAUGGAGCCUUUUGGUCAUAUCCUACGUUGUGAAGUGAUGAGAGAUCGCUUCGGCCGUUCCUACGGUGAAGCAGAAGUGGAAUUCAGUAAAAAGCAUUUCGCUUUAGACGCGAUUGCUAUGCUCGACAACAAGAUGUGUGACGGUCAAAUUCUACGUGUGAUUCUGAGAGACAAACCAAAGUCCCAAUCGGUCGAACAUUUUGUACAAAAACAAAUUCGAUCCAUCAUUUCACCUUCUUCUUCUGGUAAAAUGUAUUCAGAUCGUUUAUAAAUGAACAGCCACUCAAAUACCUUCUCAUUGGAAUAUAAUCUGUUUGUAGGUGGGUGUCUCAAGUGCAUAGGUUAUAUCGUAGGAAAAGCCAUGCUAUAGUACUAUUAUCCAACGCUAUCCUGUGUCAUUUUGUAUCAAAUA